CUCUCUCUCCCUCUCUCUCUCCUCGGGGAGGAACUGCUCGGUUCGAGCUGACUCCUUCGCCAGGCGGGGCGGGAAGAGGGGGUGCACGGUGGAAAAGUCCUAGAUCGGGACCCCGGAGCCCGUGGAGAGGGUUGGGGGAACACUCGCCAACAGGGCUCCAUCACCUCCCUCCUCCCCUCCCCCUCCGGGAGGGGAUAAGAAAAGAGGAGGCAAGCAAGCCAAUUCAGAAACAGAUUGCAGAGCGGCCAGCAAAGAAGAGUUGUACACUCCCUCCCCUCUGGCCCUGGAGCCCACGCUGGCCUGAGGGAGACCCGCCGCGAUGAGCCAGGUACUUGGGAAGCAGCAGCAAGACGAGGAGGAAGAGGAGGAAGAUGAACUGGUGGGGCUAGCGGAUUAUGUGGACGGGCCCGACUCCUCCGACGCAGACCCGGAAAGCGGAGCCGAGGAGGGAGUUCUGGACUUCAGCGAUCCCUUCAGUACUGAAGUGAAGCCAAGGAUUCUGCUUAUGGGACUGAGGAGAAGUGGCAAGUCAUCUAUUCAGAAAGUCGUCUUUCACAAAAUGUCACCCAACGAAACCCUGUUCUUGGAGAGUACUAAUAAGAUAUGCCGAGAAGAUGUCUCCAACAGUUCCUUUGUUAACUUUCAGAUUUGGGAUUUUCCAGGUCAAAUUGACUUUUUUGAUCCUACGUUUGACUAUGAGAUGAUCUUCAGGGGCACAGGAGCACUGAUAUUUGUUAUCGAUUCCCAGGAUGAUUAUAUGGAAGCCUUAGCCAGGUUACAUCUCACUGUAACUCGAGCCUACAAGGUACAUCCUGACAUCAACUUUGAAGUGUUUAUUCAUAAAGUAGAUGGCCUGUCUGAUGACCACAAGAUCGAGACCCAAAGAGAUAUUCAUCAGAGGGCAAAUGAUGACCUGGCUGAUGCCGGAUUGGAGAAGAUUCACCUCAGCUUUUAUCUGACAAGCAUAUAUGAUCAUUCUAUAUUUGAAGCUUUUAGCAAAGUGGUACAGAAACUGAUUCCACAGCUCCCAACCCUGGAGAAUUUACUAAACAUCUUUAUCUCAAAUUCUGGAAUUGAAAAGGCCUUUCUGUUUGAUGUGGUCAGUAAAAUCUAUAUUGCGACAGAUAGUACCCCUGUGGAUAUGCAGACAUAUGAACUCUGCUGUGAUAUGAUAGAUGUGGUUAUCGACAUUUCUUGUAUAUAUGGCCUCCAAGAAGAUGGAGCAGGAACCCCUUAUGACAAAGAAUCAACGGCAAUUAUAAAGCUGAAUAAUACAACAGUUCUUUAUUUAAAGGAGGUGACAAAAUUUCUGGCCCUCGUUUGUUUUGUCAGAGAAGAAAGCUUUGAAAGAAAAGGGCUCAUUGACUAUAAUUUCCACUGUUUCCGCAAAGCCAUCCAUGAAGUAUUUGAGGUGAGAAUGAGAAUAGCAAAAUCUCGAAAAGUUCAGAGUCAGAUGCGGAAGAAAAAAGGAACCACCCCUAAUGGGACACCUAGAGUUCUGCUCUGAGAUUUUGGUGACAGCCUUUGAGGUCAAGGCUAUUUGAUGAGACUGCUUCUUGGAGCUGCACUAGUGGAAGAGGAGGAGAGAAAACUGGACACAUGACUUGGAUUUGUUCUAUAACAAUCAGUGCGACACACUUGAUCCUUUUUUAAAAAAUAAUAAUAAAGUAAGCACUUUCAGCAACAACAACAACAACAAACCUUGUAUAUUAAACAGUGAUGUGAAAUCUGUUGUAAGAAUGUUCUUAACAUAAAAUGUACAUUUUUUUUCUUUUGGUCCAUAGUAAGAAAAAUAAGUUGUCUGAACUGUCAGGUACUGUACAUACUUUGUACUUUUUCGUGUUUUUUCUCAUGGAACAGAACUUUGAUAAAAAUUCGUUUUCUAAGCUGUUUUCCCUACAUGGUGUCAGUGACAAGCCUAAUAGAGUUCAUUUGCAUUUGGCAAUCUUAGAAUCAUCAAAUAAUGUUGCCUUGGCACAACACCUUUUUUUUUUCCUUUUUAAAAGAAUUUGUGAACAUUUGAUACCAGUUAUUCAGUUAAAUACUUUCCCCUAAUUUGUAGCUGAAGCAGUUUGGAGCACUGUGCUCCUGUGGCAAUAAGAACCCUCCUCAUAAUUAUUAACUAAUUUAAUUGAUAAAGAUUGGGCAGCUAUGUGGUACAGUGGAAGAAUACUGGGCCUGGAAUCAGGAAGACUCAUCUUCCUGAGUUCAAAUCUGGCUUCAGACACUUAUUGCUGUGUAACCCUGGGCAAGUCAU